CAGUUCAUAAAAGCGGCUUGGCCGUAGCAGCAUGAAUAACUGACAUUGGCAUUUCGUAUUUUCGAAGGGCAGCAAAACCUUGCAUGCAGUCCAAAAAGUGUAAAAAGCAUGAUUCUGUUCCGCCAACCCGACUAUUGUGGCGAAUAUUGUGGCGAAACUGCUUGAUUGUGGCGGUAUAACCAACGGUCAGCAUGUUUCGAACUUCCGGACACUCUCCGUAUCGAUCGUUGCUGGUGGAUAUCAAACCGGCAUCUGAGCCACUAACCUUUCCGGAUGCACUUUAUAUUACACCGGAUUCUUUGCUCGCCAGCAUAAAAAGUGGCUGUGUCCGUCUUCCGGUGAUUCAUCUGCGAAAACGUGUUAAUCAAGACGAUCAAUCCAGAAGGAAGCUGACAACUCUUGUGCAGUCGGCUUUUGUAAUUGCACUGCUAAUUCUCGUAUUAUGCUUUUUGUCCUAUUGUUUUCUCCUGUAUGUGGAUUAUAUUCCAAGACGACAUAAACAUAUCAUCGAAGUGUAUAGCUGGUCAGCAUUAUGGAAUUCUGGAAUCGUCGAUAGCGACACAGCCGCAGAUGAAAUCCCUAGUGUAUCGUUUCCAGCGAGAUCUGACCCAGAGCACCGGCUGACCGUUGACAAUCAGUCCCUAAAGACUGCUCGUCGACUACCACAAGCUUUAAUCAUUGGCGUUAAAAAGGGAGGCACCCGGGCAUUACUGGAGUACAUUAGGAUGCAUCCACAAGUGCGAGCACCUGGAGCGGAAAUGCACUUUUUCGAUCGACACUAUGAGCGUGGCAUUGAGUGGUACAGAAACCAAAUGCCGCUGACAGAUGAGAGUAUGGUAACACUAGAGAAGACACCCAGUUAUUUUGUCACCGACGACGCCCCGGCGCGCAUCUACGAGAUGAACGCCAAGAUGAAACUGAUCAUCGUCGUCCGGGAUCCCAUCACACGUGCCAUUAGCGACUACACCCAGGCGCGCAGUAAGGGCCGCUCCACGCGCUCCUUCGACGAGAUGGCCUUCUAUUCCAACGGUACACACCGGCUGAUUGACACCUCGUGGGGGGCACUGCGUAUUGGACUGUACGCCCGGCACACCGCCAAGUGGCUGGAGUAUUUCCCCGCGGCGCAACUGCUCUUUGUCAGCGGUGAGGGCCUCAUCGCCGAUCCAGCGGGGGAGAUGGCGCGAGUGCAGGCCUUUCUGCAGUUGGACCGGCUGGUGACGGGGGAGCAUUUCUACUAUGACCCCGUUAAAAAAUUCCCCUGCCUGAUCCGGCCGGAUGCACCGGUGCGGCCGCGCUGUCUGGGCAAAUCUAAAGGUCGUCCACAUCCCCACAUCCAUCCGGAUGUGAUUGGGCAAUUGCGUGAUUUUUAUAAGCCCCAUAACCGAGAGUUUUAUUCGAUGGUGGAGCAGGAUUUUCAAUGGCUAUAGCAAUAAAUGGCCCACUUUUAACAAUAUUGUCAAUAUUCUAAUACAGAAUGAAAAUUGAUGUGUCUACUUCGCACUCGAUCCUGCCAAAUUUAAACGCCUUUAUACAGUUAAUUUGUCUGUGCAGGUUUUUUCCAAAGUUUUGCUGUUGCCGAAAUAUGUCUAUAUGAAAGUGCAAUUA